UGAGAUUCAGUCCAACUACUGCUCUCUCUCAAGCACGGGCCGUCGUUUUGCCAAGUAUGAACGCGUUGACGUUGCUGUCAAUCCUCUUCCUGCCGGAGCAACCGCGGCGGCGUAAUGUAAUUUAUCGACUACAAAAGAAAUCCAUUUCAAAUUCAUCAAAACGUUACCGAAUUUUCUUUACAGUUUUCCUCAUUCCGUAGAGACCUUCUCUUCCCGCGACAAAAGGGAACAAAACCUAUCCAAUCAAUAACAACGAUAGGAAGAAGCUGAAUUCUUACGCUUAAUUGUCAAUCUCGGUGACAACGGCUACUAGACGCGGUUCUGCAAAGAGAAUCAUUAAAUUCAAGAUCUAUAGAUCGAACAGGGGCUUGUUCUUGCGGCUAGAAUCUUCAUGCGAACAGCUUUCUGUUGAAGUCGGCUUAACAUCGCUUGAGUAAUUUGUCCAGAAAUUGGAGGCCCAUAGAUGAUAAACUAUUCACCAUAAUUAAAUGUGUGCUGAAGUAUCGGUAGGAGAGUGCUGGAUCAAAUAUAGGGUUGGUGAAAAAUUCCAGACAAAUUAAGCUUGAAGUCAGACCAGCAGAUUCUGAUGGAAAUUCUGGCCCAUGGAAAGUUGAAAGAGAAUGCUGAACAAGUCCAAACCACAGGAGAAGCUGAACAUGUUGAUGAUAUCAUAACUCACAGACAUAAGCACAUAGUUACACUAGAGAAAUCCCGUAGCUGUGGCUCAGUUCCAAUAGUAGACACUAAUAUAAUACCAAAUUACUUUUGGAAGGAGGCACAAAUUUCAAAUUUAUCCAUGAUAAGCAACAACAAGAAAUUGAUUGAUUCUAUGAAGCUAGAGAACGUGAAACUAGUUGUUACUCCGGAGAAGUUGAAUUUAGGUGAUAGGAACCAUCUUCCCACUCAUUUUCGUUCUCAAUUAGUCAAAUCCGCAGAUGGUGUGGCUCAAAAUGGGGACAAGUUGGAUUUUGGAGGGUUGCCAGUCACAAGCUCAGAAAAUCAUCCUAAUGUCACAUCAGAUGGAAAAUCUCAAGUUCAUGAUAUUGUUUUCUCUGACUGUAAUGUCAAGCCUACUUUUUCACAAGUUAUAUCUAGAAAUUCAAGUGACACCAAUUUGCCAGUGUCAUUAAUUGGAUCAGCAGGUCGCACUAGGGAUACUUCUGAACAGCCGCACAAACUUCCUGAAAAUGUUAGUUCUUCUGUGAAUGAGCACAAAUCUGAUCUUGGAAGUGUUGAAGCCGGAAUCCAGAAGUUGGUUGGGGACUUGGAUAGCAAUUCACUUGAAACUGUUAGAACAGCAAUAGCUGAACUCCGAAGUCUUGCCAGGCAUAAUACUGAAAACCGGAUUAUGAUUGCUGAACAUGGAGCAAUCACCUUUUUGGUCAAAUUGAUGUAUUCUACAGAUGCAAUAAUCCAAGAGCAUGCUGUUACGACACUUCUCAAUCUAUCAAUCCAUAGCGACCACAAAAUCACCAUUGCUGAGGCCAAUGUAAUUGAACCUCUGAUUCACGUCCUUUAUACAGGAAGCCCUGAGGCAAGGGAGAACUCAGCUGCCACUUUCUUUAGCCUUGCUAUGGUUGUGGAAAACAGGGUAAAGAUUGGGAGGUCUGGGGCCAUUGGGCCUCUGGUUGAACUACUAGGUAAUGGGACUCCUAGGGGAAGGAAGGAUGCAACAACUGCAUUGUUUUAUCUGUCUAUGCUUCCAGAGAACAAGGUCAAGAUUGUGCAAGCUGGGGCUGUUAAGCAUCUCGUGGAGUUGAUGGAUCCCUCAGUUGGAACGGUUGACAAGACAGUUGCUGUUCUAGCAAAUCUUGCUACAAUUCAGGAGGGAAAGGUUGAAAUUGGGAAAGAGGGUGGGAUCCCUGUGUUGGUCGAGGCUAUUGAAUUGGGUUCUGCCAGAGGAAAAGAAAAUGCAGCAGCUGCACUGUUACGGGUCUGCUCGACCUCUAAUAAAUUUUGCAUAAUGGCUCUCCAAGAAGGAGUUAUCCCACCCUUAGUUGCACUGUCACAUUCUGGAACUCGGAGGGCCAAGGAUAAGGCUCAGGAACUGCUUAACCUCCUCAGAAGGCAUGUGCGUAGUAAUUGUUGAAAAACACUAAUUUUGAGACUCAGGUUCUGCUUAACAUCUUCAGAAAGUAUGUGAAUAGUAACGUUGAAAACCACUAAUCUUGAAGUAUGCGUAACAUUUCGGGACAUUAACCUUGGAUGAUGCUGCUGUUGAAAGGGGGCAUGUAAAUUUUCAUGCCACAAUAAUGUUACAUAAGGUACCUGCCUAUAAUAUUUUCUCCAUUUGUAAAUAAAUUAGGUAAAUGCAGUAAAGUUGAUUCAGAAAAAUGAAGUAGAAAGGCCAGAAGUAAUGUCCAACUAAUGUCUCGAUUUGAUUGUUUCAUAUUGAAAAAAUUUCAUCUAGUUAUGUUGGAAAAAGACUUCUACUUGUAAUUCUGAUCUUUUGGGUUGCAGACGAAUCAUCUGUGUCACUUUUAACUCCCCGUCUGCUAGGCAGCUUGUCUCCUCAUUGGCUACUGAAUGAAUUAAUAUCUCUGGCUGAUUGGUCUUUUAGUGCCCAACGAUUGGUGUUCACUAUUAAUUAGUAUCUCUCGUGAAGGAUUCAGAUUAUGCCAUAUGGAUGGAUCAUUUCUUUAAGAAAAUCAAAUUUUUCUUAUGGAAACUUAGUCUUACAGCUGUUAAUACUAUUGAUCAUCUACAACGUCAUCUGUAUUAUAUAUCUAUAUCUUCAUCUUGGUACCUAAUGUGUCGAGGCCAUUUUAAGUCCCUUGCUCAUCUGUUUCUCCAUUGAUAUUAUUUUGGAAGCUUCUGGUUGAUCGUUGGCAUAUUCUAAUAGCAUGUUGACAUCAUUGCAUCUCUUUUGGUGGGGUAUCCUUUUAUGGUACUAAGAUGACAGUUUGGUUGGCCAUUUUGCAAGCUUUCUUUCGGACAUCAUGAGGAGAGCGCAAUAGUCAUCUUUUUAGAGUUUUUUUUUUUUCAUCUUUGGAUAGUCUUGGAUCUGGUUCUUUCUACAACUUUGUGUUGGCGCAAAAAUAGUUUCUAAUUAGAAACUUCUUUUGUAUCACCUAUAGGUGCUUUGGGGUUUUCCCUCAUUUCAUUCCUUCAAUGAAAUGUUUUUUUU